AUGGGAGGCAAUAAAGUCUCCGUGGGUCCACGCGUCUCGGAAGCGCUACGGAUGAUGGAAAAACAAGUGAAGGCGGACCGUGAACUGGUUUUAGACUCCUGGUGGAAGGAACGGAAGCGCCGCCUCAGGGAUGCGGUUGCUCACCUCGCGGAACACGCUGCUCAGGGGCGACAAUCUUAUCAGGCAGCGGCAUCAAGAGCCGGGUCUCAACUGAAUUCUCCCCAGCCUGCUUCAAAUUUACACGGUAAUGUGCAAUUUCCACGUGGCUCCGAUGCUCCUACGUCAGGUGACGACGGUGCCGAAGCUGUAAGUGGGCGGAGAUCAUCUUUCCCCACCGUUGCAACGGGAACCACUGUUACCACCUCGUCUUCAUCGUUGACAUCGCCUUCACUACGCAGUUGUGGUAAGCGGAGGCUUUCCGGUGUGGAAACCACCAGUUGUCGAUGCAACUGGGUGCCACCAAGGUUGGUAUAUAGUUGUGUCAAUACAACAUCACAAUUGGGAGGAAGCUUUGUUGACGUGGAAACAAUGAAAAUGAACCUCGCUGAGGAAAUCCGGCGACUCUACGAGGAUUUUCCACAGAAACAUAAUUCACAACCAGAACUAGUAGAGAAGCAGCAACGAAAGUGGCGUACUCUUAAAACACCCACUUUCCAUGCCGCCAUUCAACCGCAAACAAAAGCAGUUGGGGAACAAAAGACAACCCCGACAAAAGCUGCGGUAGCGGUAGCAAAGUUUGUGCCCACGUCCCGCUCAUGCGCACCGAAUGUUGAUCAACGGUUUGAGGACCAUAUGACAACAGAGCAGGUGAUUCGUGAGCUCCGCCGCCUGUACGGCGUAAGCGACGACGAAUCCUCUUUUAUGUAA